AUGUCUUCGAGUCGCCAUCCCGAACACGAAACUCGCACCGCCACAGCCGGUCGCAGCGGCGGCAGCUCCGCACACCGACACCACCCCCGCGACAGUGACAAUGAUCCUGACCCUCGAUCCGACCACGACCACCGCCAUCACCGACAUGAACACCGAUCCUCGAGCCGCAAGCGCAGCCCAGAUCCGCACGAUGACCGCGACCGCGACCGCGACCGCAAGUCUUCCCGCUCGCACCGCCACGCAGAUCGCAGCACCCACCACGACACCCACACCCGCGAUGAGGGCACCAGCAGACGGCACCGCGACCAUCACCAUCGGGACAGGGACGCAGAUCGAAGCUCGCAUCGCCAUUCCACCAGCUCCUCUAAGCGGAGGGAGACUUCCGAGGAGCGUCGCGAGCGAAAGGCCGCCAAGCGCGCAAAGCGCCGGAGGGAGCUCGACGAGUACAAGCUCGACGACGACGACGAAGACUCGGCCGUCGCCCAACGCACCGCUGCAGCCGAGCUCAUGAUGUACAGCGCAGAGGACAACCCCUUCAACGACGCCAACCUCGGACAGAAGUUCACCUGGGGCAAAAAGGAAGAAAAGGAUCGCAAGCUCGGCCUCUCAAAGAGGGAGGCCGAGCUCAGAGACGCGCAGCGCAGGCAAGAAGCCAUGGCAGAGAUCGAAAAGCUCAAUGCCAAACGCGCAGAGAGGGAGAGGGAGGCGGCCAUUCGCGAGGAAGAGGAGGCUCGCAUGGCCCGCCUCGCCGAGUCCGCCCAGAUGGCAGAGUGGGUCGCCAAAGAAGACGACUUCUACCUCGAGCAGUCCAAGCGACGCGCCGCCAUCCGGAUCAGGGAGAAUCGCGCCAAACCCAUCGACAUCCUCAGCAUCAACCUCAAGUGGGCGGACCCCCACCUCGGUCACCGCAAUGCGGGCAAGGCAGCGCAGCUCAACACGAGCGAGGCUCAGGACGUGGCCGAAGACGCCGACGAUGUCGUCGACGACGACGAUGACGACGAUGACGAGGCUGGCCUCGAGAUCGACCUGGAGGAGCCGUACAACAUCUUUGAGAAUCUCACCUUGGAAGAGACUCAAGAGCUCCAUCAGGACGUCAAGAUGUACCUCUCUUUGGAAAAAGUCGAGGCGAACCUCGAGUUCUGGCGGUCGAUGCUCAUCGUGUGCGACGACAAGCUCGACGAGCUCAGGGAAGCCGCUGGUCAGGAUGCGCCGGGUGGCAGCUUUGCGCCUGGCUCCCGCCUCGACGCCGCGGAAAAGACCAAGAUCAACGACAUGCUCUCUGUCAAGUCGACCGACGAGCUCAUGACGCUCCAAGAGCAGGUCCGCUCGAAGCUCGCGUCGGGCGAGCCAGUCGACGUCGAGUACUGGGAGCGGGUGCUCAAGUCCAUCGUCGUAUGGCGCGCAAAAGCCAAGCUGCGAGACAUGCACGAGGUCGUGCUGUCCAACCGGAUCGAGUACCUCCAGCGAAAACAGAGGGACGAGGCGCUCCGUCAACAGAGGAACCUUCUCAGCCAGCUGGGCGACGACGCUGUCCGCGACCAGAAGGAUGCCGACCGCAUCGCCGCGGUCGACCAGAGCCUCCAGGCAGAGCGGGACGCGGCCGAGGCGGCCGAGCUCGAGGGGCUGUACGAUGCCGACGAGAUGGAGCCGGAACCCGUCGACUACAGCAAGCUGCGCUACGACGACCGACAGCUGCCCGUCUACACUGUCGAAGAGGACCGGAAACGCAUCGUCGAGGCGCGCAGGCGGGUCGUCGGGGCCGCCUUCAUUCCCCGGGCUCGCGGCGACGACUCGAUCGUAGGCGACGACGGCGAUCCGGCCAUGGCCAUGUUCCGCAAGGAGGCCAACCGUGCGCUCGACGUCGAGGAAGAGACGUUCAACGCCGACGAGAACCUGGCGCGCAGGGUCUACCAGUGGGAGGACAAGUACCGGCCGCGCAAGCCGCGCUACUUCAACCGGGUCCACACAGGCUACGAGUGGAACAAGUACAACCAGACCCACUACGAUACCGACAAUCCGCCGCCCAAGAUUGUUCAGGGCUACAAGUUCAACAUCUUUUACCCGGACCUCAUCGACAAGAGCGUCGCGCCGACGUACAAGAUCAUCAAGGAGCCGGACAACCAGGAUACGGUGCUUCUCAGGUUCACGGCGGGACCGCCGUACGAGGACAUUGCGUUCCGCAUCGUCAACCGAGAGUGGGAGUACUCGCAUCGCCGCGGCUUCCGCAGCAGCUUUGAUCGAGGCAUCCUGCAGCUCUACUUCAACUUCAAGCGCCUUCGAUAUCGGAAGUAG